UAAGUUCAUAGAGUUUAUUUACAUUUAAAUAUUAAUAUAGCCAUUUGAGCAAUUUUGUAGUUUACUCUUGUAAGAAAUUUGACGAAGCAAUUUAAGUAUGGUGGAUCCCAAUUUCAUUGAAGUAAAUGAAAUUACUGGUUAUUGGUCCUAUUUGUCUAGUAUUGACUGGAAUGAUCCAUGGCUGAUUGGGCUAAUAGCAAUGCAUGUUUUGACUACAGUGACAACAUUGGCCACAAGGAACCACACAAAUUUCCAAAUAUUUUUAUUUCUAAUACUUUUGUCAGCGGCAUAUUGCUCUGAAAGUAUUAACGAAAUUGCGGCCGCUAAAUGGAGCAGCUUCUCGAAACAACAAUAUUUCGACAGUAAUGGUCUCUUUAUUUCAACAGUGUUUUCAAUACCAAUAUUGCUAAAUUGUAUGCUAAUAAUUGGAGCCUGGUUGUACAACUCACUACAACUGCUGGUUAAGCUAAAAAGAGCCCAAUUAUUGCAGAGAGUCAAGCUAGAUCAGAAAGAACAAGUUGUCAACGCUGAACAUGCAAAGUCUGAUUAAAAUCUUACAUCUUUCAACAGUUUAUUUUAUUUUAUUUACAUAUUGUAAUAGCAUAAAUAACGUAUAUAUGUACAUAUGUAGAAAUAUUAAUGUUGGGACUCAAUCUGUUAUAUAUGAUAUGUACAUAAAUAUAUUAAGAAGGAAUUGGAAUUCAA